GUAAACAGGUAACGGGUCGCCGUAUAACAAACAUCAAACUAUUGUAUUGUGCAUAAUGCGGCAAUUACUAUAAAUGAUCUACAGCAAAGCCAUCACAAACCGGUUAAAUCUUCUAUUUGUUUUUAUUUAUGAAUAGUAAAUCAGAUUCUUAUUGAGAUUUUCACGAAUAUAUAAAGAUCACCAUGUUUCCUUGCUAAAACAUAAACUUUCAAUUUUUUAUUUGCUGGGUUAAUAUAAAAUGACAACGGGAGAAGAUUCAUUAACAAAAUUGAUACGCACGUUACAAGAUCCUGCGCCUCAGUAUGUGUUAGGUUGCAUACCGGCUAUUGCAACAAUUGGAGCAGCACCAGAUAAAGGUUUAACGAAUAAGUUAUUAUGGAUAUUACGGUGUCUUGGUUGUCCGUUUACCGGAUUGUUUUACGCCUGUGGCAUAUGUAAUGAUCCAAUAACAAUGAGUACAUACUGGCUCACAUCAGAGCAUUUUAUGAAAGAUGGGAAGAAACUUCCCUACAGACCUUUUGGUCAUUAUCAUACUAUCAAAAUAGCAGAUGAACAGGCAGAAGUUAUUAAAUUACUCAAAGAAUGUAUAGCAGAAUCUUCUGCAUUAGAUAGACUUAGUUCGUUGGCCUCAGCGUACUAUAUACUCCUUGGUAUAUUUUCAGGGUUAACCAAGGCGAUACGUAUAGGACCAUGUACUGGAGAGGAUUGGCCAUAUCUACCACUAGCAUUAGCCUGGACAUUUCCAGCAAUUUAUAAGAGAGUAUCCGGAGGAAGAAUGGUAGUAAAGGAUCCUAGAGAUAGGUUAAAAGAUAUGCACGUUGUUGUGCAUGACUUAAAUUUCCACGAAAGUCAUAAAAGAAGUGCCCAAGUUGCUCAAAUUAUGAUAAUCCUUUUAUUCUCAAUAGUAAUUCCUUGGACGUCAGUACUUCUUUCCUAUUUUACCCGUCCAAUAGGAUAUGGCUGCAGGGGCAAAUAUCUCACAAUAUUGUCUUCUAUUUGGACAUUCAAUAGCUUUAUUGCAUAUAUAUCUCAUAUUUUAGGAGAAAAAUCUAUAGAGGGUAAUAUAUUCAUUCAUGGAUGGUUUUGCCUUUGUGGCGUUAUAAUAUCUAUUCUUUUGUUUUUACUAGGUCUGCUAAGCCAUACACGAUCAUGGUGGACAGAUCUAUUCGGAAAAAAUUGUGACGUUACGUGUAUUGAUACAUAGAUCAUAUCACAUACACAAAUAAUUUAACUAGUGACAUAGCAUGUGUAAUUGUUUCACUGCUUAUUUUUUAUUAAUAAUUUGGAUGAAUGUAUUAGUAAUGUAUAAACCAUGGAAAAAAUCAAAAUCUAUCCUUAUAAUUAAUAAAUAAUAAGAUCCGUUUUAGUUUUUAAAAUUUAGAAUAGUAAGACAACCAACAAGAUAAACUUGUAUAUAGAACAGCAGUGAAAAAAAGAUGUUGAUUCUUGUUUAAACAUGUAUAAUUUUUAGGGCGUUAGUUUCGUCAUAUCGACCUAAUCACGCGACUUUUACUUAAUUCUUAUUGAAUAAAAUAAAUAAAAUAAUAAAUAAAUAAAAAUUAAAUUGUUUUCCUGCUUCUGUUAAUUUUCAGCAACUCCCACUGUGUAAACCUUCACUAUUGACAAAAGAAUUACA